GACUGAUUAGUGCACACCACUUCCUGGUUUUAUAGUCCCUCCCCCCUGCCGCCAGCAGGGGCAGCAGAGAGAAUGGGGAAUUUUGUAAAAUCAUUAAUAUCUCUGUCAUUUUUCAUCGACGGGAAAAAUCCUCGGCACACAUACGGCGGAGGGGGGCUCUGAGCAAGGUGGCCAAAAAUGGCGGUCGUGGUGGUAGCGUUCUCUCGGAAAUCGCAGCACAGAUGGCCGAAACCGGUCAAGAACAGACUUUUAGUAAUAUAGGUAAAUAUGGACACACUGAUCUGUUCUGUAUUCAUGCCUACUAUGUUCGGGGGUGCUAAAGCAAAGCAAGAAUUUCAUUGUCCUAUCAGGGACACAUGACAACAAACUCACUUGAACUUGAACUUGAAAUGUUGCCCAGGAGAUACACAAAGGAGCGUUAUAGACAAAGUUACAUUUGACAAUGUGAAGCUCACGUCAGAAUUUCACAAUUGUAACAUCGUCAAGAUAAGAAUAGACCGAGGAGAUGUCAUCUUAUGUUGCCGCUCGGUACAUAAGUAGCCGUGCUGUGUCCGUUGUGUGUUGUAUCCAGCAAGGUUCGGAAGGGAAGAUGUGCAGGAGUGUGGCAGUUCUCUUGUCUCUGGCUGUGCUUGCACUAUGGGUCACAAGUAGUAUCGAAGAUUGUUCCUGCCUGGAACCUACCCUUUGCCAGCCUCUGCCCGCAACAAAACGCUACCCAGUGCAGCUCUUUGCAUUUCACGGUGGAAGUAAUGAAUGGAAGCAUUACGACUGGUCAAAGAUCACAACUAUUAUCACAGGUGGAGCUUAUGACCAAGAGCUUCUGUGCCAUGCUCACGCUCGCAACGCUCGAGUUGUCACGGAAGAGGCAAUAGGGAAAUUUGACCUGUCAGACCAUCGUGAGCAAAAUUGGAUCACCAACAAAUUGCACACGAUUCAACAGCGAUAUUUGGACGGAAUUCAUUUGAGAUUUGAUUCUGUUCUUGACGCUACAUUUUCUGCCAAACUGCCCAACCUGAUUCAUGAGAUCAAAAUCAGGUUCAAGCAAAGCAUGCCAGGAUGCCAGAUCUCAUUUAACGCUCCUUGGAAUUGUAACACCAGUACUACAGUUUGCUCUGACCUUGUCUCAGCUUCCAAAUAUGCCGAUUAUGUACAUGUGACCUCAUAUGAUGUGCAGGUGCAUAUGUGGACAGAUUGCUUUGCAAAGGCAAAUGCUCCCUAUCAUCAGAUCCGAACAGGAAUCUCCAGUUAUAUCGAACAGGGCGUUAAUUCCAAGAAGAUAAUAUUGACCGUUCCAUGGUUCGGUUACGAUUAUACUUGCAAUCACUUUAUUGAGGCAGGUAGAUGUGAAAUAGAAAAGGUAGCUUUUGAAGGAGCGCCGUGCAGUGGUGUCAAGGCCUCCGGGAUCCCAUACAAACAGAUCAUGAAACUAUUGCUCAAGUCAAUGUCCGGCAGGAUUUGGGAUGACGACCUGAAAGCCCCAUAUUUUGUCUACAAGAAAGAGAAGGCAUUCCACGAGGUCUGGUACGAUGAUCCAGAGAGCAUUUCAUUGAGGACGACUUUCUUGAAGAAGUUCAAGCUGGGAGGCAUUGGCAUGUUGAAUGCAGACUUUGCCAACUAUAGUUCUGACCCCAUUGUUGCGAUGAAAACUGAAGAGAUGUGGAACGCUCUCUGCCCUCCCUGAGAGAAACGCCAAGCUUACGGUCAUUUCAUUGUCAUCAAAUGUGACCAUUACACUUUGCAAUUAAACCUGGCAUUGAGUGAGCUAACACGGAACACACACACAAUUAAAAUAUUCAUGCCGAUCUGGGGAUUAGUGCUUUGUCUAAAGAAGGAAUUAUUAUCAACAGAAUAAAAACAAUAUAACUACAUAACUCAUCCCUUCCCAACCAAACUCCCCCCUCCCCAGGUACCUUUCCCUGAAAAUGUAGAAGAUGCAACGCCUGUCGCUAUACCUCCUCCCUCAACUCUGUUCAGAGACCCUGACAGACCUUUCAGGUUAGGCAGAGCUUCACAUGCAUCUCCUCUGACCUCAUCUACUGCAUCCGUUGUUCAAGAUGUGGACUCUUAUACAUUGGCGAGACUGAACGCAGACUGGGCGAUCGUUUUGCUGAACACCUUCGCUCAGCUCGCGUGAACCCAUUUGAUCUCCCUGUUGCUGGACACUUUGAUUCACCUUCCCAUUCUUAUCUUUCUGUUCUCAGUCUCCUCCAUUGUCAGAGUGAGGCUACAAAUUGGAGGAACAGCACCUCAUAUUUCGCUUGAGUAGCUUACAGCCCGGAGAUAUAAAAAUUGAUUUCUCUCACUUCAGGUAGCCCUGGCAUUCCCUCUCUCUAUCCCUCCCCCACCGAAGCAGCAACAUUUCUAGUGUUCACCCAUAAUAAAGAGCUAACAAUGGCCUGUUUCUUUUAUCAUCGUUAUUUUUUUGCAUAUCUUUCAUUCAUUGUUCUUUAUCUCUCGACAUCAUCGAAUAUAUUUGUUGUUUCCCUUAUCUGUAACCAG